CGCAUGUAAAAGGGUUAAGUGGCCUGCCUAUCUUGGUGCAUAUAGUCUUCAUUUUUCCUUUGUGUUGAUAAAAAAAAUGGUGAACAUGAGGUUUCCAAAUGGUCAAUUAUCCCAAGGAAGCAAAUGGGUUGUAUUGGUUUUCAAAGUAGGGUUCAUGGGGAUGAUGAUGAUGAUCAUGGUUCCUAGUGUAACAUCAAUGGAAGAAAUUGGGACACCAUCAGCCGGUUUACUAUGCAUCAGUGAAUGUUCAACAUGCCCUGUCAUUUGUUCUCCACCACCUGCGCCACCGUCGAAGUCGUUUCCGCCGCCCUCGGUGUCGGUUCAUCACACGCCGCCACCGGAUGUACCUUACUUUUACUACACACCAAUGUCACCACAAACUCCCCAACACUCCCCACCACCAUCGGUAUCAGUCUCACCACCUCCAUCUCCGCCACGGCCGCCUCCAUCUCCACCGGCACCUUCCUCCAAGGGCAGUCCACCACCUCCUUUUAAGUACUUCUACAAUGAGCCAUCAGGUCAAGGGCCACCUACUACACCACGCCAGUACCCUUACCCUUACCCUUAUUACUAUUACUAUUCAUCCAAGGCCUCAUCUCUAUCUGUUCUAGUCUCUAUCUCGGCUGUAGUGUUGUUGUUUUUCAAUGCUGUGUUGUUUUAUUGUUGAAUUAUUUGGAUGUUUAUAAUAUUUUUGAGUUUAGAAAGGGCAAAGAAAUGAAAUAUAUAUACACUUAUGUGUAUGUAUGUAUGUAUAAAUUUGGAAACCACUUGGGGUGUAUGUUGUUUCAUCAUUUUGCUGGUGUUUAAAAUCAACUAUAUUUAUCAAUCAACUUGUUACA